AUGUUAAAAGCCCAUGGACUAAUACAGGCAUUGGCCGAUUAGGGUUUAGGGUUUGUUUGUAUAAAUGACAGAUUGUUGAAUUCGCCUCUCCGUUUCGUCUUCCUCUGGUGUUUCGCAAAGGAGUGAGCCAUGGUUCACGUCAAUUUCUACCGAAACUAUGGGAAGACUUUUAAGAAGCCCCGUCGGCCAUAUGAGAAGGAGCGUUUGGACGCUGAGCUGAAGCUUGUUGGAGAGUAUGGGCUCCGAUGUAAGAGGGAGUUGUGGAGGGUUCAAUAUGCUCUGAGCCGCAUCCGUAAUGCAGCAAGAAUGCUUCUCACUCUUGAUGAGAAAAACCCCCGCCGUAUUUUUGAAGGUGAAGCCCUUCUCCGUAGGAUGAACCGGUAUGGUCUUUUGGAUGAGAGCCAGAACAAGCUCGAUUAUGUCCUUGCCCUGACAGUAGAGAACUUCCUUGAGCGUCGGCUCCAAACCCUUGUGUUCAAAUCUGGAAUGGCAAAGUCCAUCCACCAUGCUCGUGUGCUUAUCAGGCAAAGGCAUAUCAGGGUUGGGAGGCAAGUUGUUAAUAUACCAUCUUUCAUGGUGAGGGUGGACUCCCAGAAACACAUUGAUUUCUCUCUUACAAGUCCAUUCGGAGGUGGCCGUCCUGGACGAGUAAAGAGAAAGAACCAAAGGGCUGCUAGCAAGAAGAGUGGCGGUGACGGAGAUGAGGAGGAGGAGGAUUAAGUAUUAGACUAGGGAGUGUAGGACCAACUCUAAGAAUUCUUGAGGUAUUUUGUUUGUGCGUUUUUUCCCAUCUUCAGAACUAGUGUUUUCCAUUUUCGAAUUUUUGGGGUUUUAUUUUUUCGAAUAUUGGUGAUUUAUUCGAGUUUGAAAAAACAAACAUUUAUCCAUAUCAUAAAUGGUCAGAUAUUUGGUUCGUGAAUUUAGUUUGAA